CUGAAGCUGCCGCCAGCAGGAGUGUGGACGAGUUUAAAAAGAAUUGCAGACAGGCAGAGGGUACACAGAUUUCAUGAACUGACAGACUUAACUUGGCUCGCAGUGGUCGUGGACAUGAAUGCGAGUGACCCCUUGAUGGUCCAUAGCUGGUCCCUGCCCGGUACAGAGAGGAAGAAAAUGGCUGCAAUUAAUCGUAAAGCUGAGAUGGAUGUGAAAGAGGAGAUGUGCGAUGCUGACCUGGAGAGGAGGACCAUAAAUGUUAAGGAGGAGGACUGCGAAUGGGGAUCGGCCCACCUGAAACGGGAGAGUCUCUGCAUUAAGGAGGAGGACUGUGAACCGGGGUCAGUUGGCAUUAAAGAAGAGGUGGAGGGGACGCUUGUCAGCAUUGAGACGGGCAAACAUAAACACUGGGAGGGUGUCAAGGGUAAAGACCUUCAUGAUGAGAGUCAAGAUGGAGUGCUCAUCAGUUCUUAUCAAACCGGGCACUGCCGAUCGCUGGAGCCUCCUGUCGGUGUCAAGUCAGAGUUGACACAGUGUGACACAAAGAGGACAGAGGAAACGUCGUGUGUUAGAACUCGGGAAGAUCAAUCGCCUCCUUUAAAGAAGUCUCGAGAAAGAGAUGAGCCAAACUGCUGCUCAAAAUAUGACAAACAAUUUACAUCAAGGAAGAAACUUAAUACCCACCUCAAAAUUCACCAUGGAGAGAAGACGAAUUUCUGUUCAGAGUGUGGCAAACAAUUCUCAUCAAAGAGUAAUCUUCAUACCCAUACGAGAAUUCACAGUGGAGAGAAGCCAUAUUUCUGUUCAGAGUGUGGCAAACAAUUUUCAUCCAAGAGCAAUCUUCAGACCCACACAAAACUUCACAGUGGGGAGAAGCCGCAUUGCUGUUUAGAAUGUGGCAAACGAUUUUCAUCAAAGAGUAAUCUCAAUACCCACGUCAAAAUUCACUGGGGGGAGAAAACAUACUGCUGUUUAGAAUGUGGCAAACGGUAUUCAUCAAAGGGCAGUCUGCAGACCCACACACGAACUCACAGUGGAGAGAAGCCAUACUGCUGUUCUGAAUGUGGCAGGCAGUUCUCAAAUUUGAUUGGUCUUCAGACCCACAUACGAAUUCACACUGGAGAGAAGCCAUACUGCUGUUCUGAAUGUGGCAAACGAUUCUCCCAAAUGGGUGCAUUUAAGACUCACAUAAGAAUUCACACUGGAGAGAAGCCGUACUGCUGCUCUCAAUGUGGAAAGCAGUUUAACUCCGGCAGUCAUCUUCAGACUCACACUAGAAUUCAUACUGGAGAGAAGCGCUACUGCUGUUCUGAAUGUGGCAAGCAGUUUUUGCAAAUGAACAACCUUAAGAGACAUACAAGAGUUCAUACGGGAGAGAAGCCUUACAGCUGUUCUGAAUGUGGCAAACACUUCUCUGACCAGGGGACUCUCCGGAGACACACUAGGAUUCAUUAUGGAAGUAAGCCGUAUUGCUGUUUGGAAUGUGGGAAACAAUUUGCAAGGUUAAGCAAUCUCAAGAGACACUCAAACGUUCACAAUGGGAAGAACAACAGAAAUAGCGGCCCUUGUGCUGUGAUCAACAGGACUAAUAAAGAGAACCUUUCAGGUCCAUCUUGACAUCCAGCCAAUUGCAAAAGGAAAUGGUAUUUGGAGUAACGUGGAUGGUUUGCUGUUUGAGCAAACUUAAUGAGUUUUAGUAACAAGGCAGUGUAAGUUAACAGUGAGGUUCACUCCUAUCUUGAGAGUAAAAGCACACCGAGAAAGUUGGGUGAAAUUAACCCUGAGAGAAUAUAGUGGAAGAUGUACUUCCUUCCUCCCCCAGCCCCAUAUUGACCAAGAACUUGCUACCUAUGGUUGGAUCAUAAGUGUCAAACUAUAACCAAAAGAUGAUGACAUGGUUUUACAAAAGAGUCAUCUGUUCGGGGGUCGUUUGGGGCAUCAGUAGGAU